UAUGGCUACCGAAACUUGACGUUGUGGCAGAAGAAAGUAUAUAUUUGAAAAUAACGCGAUGUAUUUUCCGUUAGGAUGGCCAAAAUACUUGAAAAGCCUUCAGAAAGGUUCAAGGCCAUUGCAGUAUGUGAUAAGUAGCUGUGAUCGAAUGCUUUUUGCUGUCAUUACAGAGGAUACGCUCAGUAUUUGGUACAGUAAGCCUUCUGUCCAGAUCGUUAGUUACACUCAUCCUUAUACUGAGAUCUGUUCUAUUGGGACGUUUAAUCUGGUGGAAUGGAAGCCAGAUUCCUCUAUGAUAGCAGUUCUGACAUCCAAACUUAACAUUUUAUUCUUCAAAGUUGAACUUGAUGUAUCUGUGCCAAACCACCACUGUUUAUAUGUUCAGCAUGAGGGAAAAAAUCAGACUCCAAAGAGGGACAUCAAUGGUAUUCCGGACAGUGACAGUAUACCAGCCAUUAAGGUCACUCUGGUGGCCAGAAUGCAGCUCCCUGCUAACAUCUCCUGCUGUUUGUGUGUGAGAGAAGAAAUAAUGGUAGCUACAGAAGAUGGGAGUUUACACCGCAUCAAAUGGAAUGCUUCACUCAAUAAAAAGGCUUCAUUUCAUAUACAGGGAUUUCCUGCAUCACUGGACUUUCAUCAAACAAAAGCUUCUAGACUAGUGAGAGAAGAUGGCUGUGUUCAACAGAUGGAGUACAGUCCUAUCAUAGGUGGAUACACUCUGGUGCUGUCUAGUGGAAAAGCACUGUUUGUCAUUCCACCUUCCACAAAGGCAGAAAACAGUGUGCCACAAGGGGUCUGGGUGACGGGGCUCACAGAUGCUACCUGCGUGGCUGUCAAUCACAGGUACCGCCUGAUGGCCUUUGGAUGCAAAAGUGGUGUUGGUGCUGUGUAUGUGAUUAAUGAAGUGGAGGGUACAAUAGACCUGUCCUACAAACUGCAGGUGUCCAGUAAAGAUUAUCCAGAUGCUGCUCAGAAAGCUGGACCUGUAAAGUGCAUGAAAUGGACACCAGAUGGCACUGCUGUAGCAGUCUGCUGGAAGAAUGGGGGCUUCUCUCUGUGGAGUGUAUUUGGUGCCCUCCUGCUGUGUUCUCUUGGAGGAGAUCGAUAUCCCAGUGAUAGCCCAAAACUGUUCCCACCACCUGUGAUAUCUAUGGAGUGGGGCUUGGAGGGGUAUCAAUUGUGGAUGGUCUGUCAAGAGAACAACAUUAAUGGAGUGGUGGAAGAGGAGCCACAUGAUAACACGAAUGUCCUUCAGAUACAGUUUGUCAAAAGUGCCCUUACUGUUAAUCCUUGUGUGACAAACCAUGACCAUGUGUUUUUACAAGGAGAGGAUAGGCUGUAUAUGAAUAUUGGUGACAGUUGCUCCUCCUCCCAAGGUGGGGCUAGUCAAGAAAACAGCCAAUCACUGAUGUCCAUAGGAAACAAAAUCUGGCAAAUCAUACCCAUUUCUCACACCUAUCUUGGUGCUAAUUGGCCAAUCAGAUAUGCAGCAGUUGAUAGGUCUGGUCAAUGUGUUGCUGUUGCUGGGAAAACAGGACUGGCUCACUAUACGUUCUCCACACGCAAGUGGAAACUGUUUGGCAACGAAACACAGGAGAAAGAUCUGGUUGUGUCAGGGGGAAUGACCUGGUGGAAAGAUUUCAUCUGUGUGGCUUGUUACAACAUCAUAGGACAAAGAGAUGAGAUUCGCUGUUACCCCAAGAACACAAAACUUGACAACACCUUUGCCGUGAUUACGAAGGUCCCCUCUCAGAUUCUCCUUCUGAACACGUUCCGUGACAUCCUCAUCAUCUUCUGUAUCGAUUCUCAUGUAAUGCUGUUCAACAUGGAGAGGAAAAAUUCUCAAAAAAACCCUCUGAUGGAGUUAAUCAAAGUUCAGGAGGUGGCCCUGGGUAACUACAUCCCUCACCCUGUGUGUGUCACAGGACUUGCCCUCACUUCCCUUAGGACAGAAAAGUUUGGUAGCAGGACAGUGCAACCCAACAGAGAUUCAGAGUGCUUGUUGCUCAAUGUUGCUGGAAAGUUGCUGAUGUUCCAGAGAGAUGAGACUGGGCCACAGAUCCAGGGGAAACAAAACAAAAUUAAACCUCAACCAUUUGGUUCCCCUGCUGUGGUUGCCACUAAUGUGGAAAACAUGUGGUCUACAUCUCGGACGAGUCAUGGUAAAACACAGCUGAUGGAGGCCCUGUGGUUAGGCUGUGGGGCCCAGGGAAUGAAGGUGUGGUUACCUUUAUAUCCAAGACAUGAGGGUAAAACUCACAACUUUAUGUCCAAACGCAUCAUGCUGCCAUUCCGGGUAGAUAUUUAUCCUCUAGCUGUGUUGUUUGAGGAUGCAGUGAUAUUAGGGGCAGCCAGUGAUGGCGUCAUGUACAAAUCUCCAAGUGAGGACACAAAAAGAUCUGUCCAAAAUCUUCCCUUCUGUAUUAUAGAAAGAACUAGUCAAAUAUAUCUCCACCAUAUUCUAAGGCAACUUUUAAGGCGGAAUUUGGGAGUAAAUGCCCUGGAUUUAGCCCGAUGUUGUACAGAGUUAUCCUACUUUCCCCAUGUUCUGGAGUUGUUACUCCACGAAGUUCUAGAAGCUGAGGCUACUUCCAAGGAACCCAUUCCUGAUCCUUUGUUACCACGGGUUGUGGCCUUCAUACAGGAGUUCCCAGAAUUCUUACAAACCAUUGUACACUGUGCAAGAAAAACAGAGGUGGCAUUGUGGCCUCACUUAUUUUCUGUGGUUGGAAAUCCCAAAGAUUUGUUUGAGCAAUGUAUGGUGAGUGAAGAGUUAGAAACGGCAGCGUCAUAUCUCAUCAUUCUACAGAAUCUGGAGCGACCCAUCAUCAGUCGACAGCAUGCUACCCUGCUACUAGACCAGUCUCUGGAGAGAGGGAAAUGGGACUUAGCCAGGGACUUAGUCAGAUUCUUAAAAGCAAUAGAUCCUUCAGAGUGUACCACUCCCCCUAUUCUGGCCUCGUCUAAGACAUCCUCCUCUAAGGCCUACCACUCCGGUGUCCCUAGUCCUCCCAUAAUGCCAUCAGAGGCCGACGGAUUCAGCUUCAACACUGUCAGCAAUGUCAGUAAUGUUAGUAACGUCAACCGAAUACGUAGCUCCAGUAUGACAGGGGCAGACUACUCGGAAAAUGUGCCAAAGGGGAGCAAACCCAAACUCAAGCAUACAUUCUCUGACAACAUAUUCAGCAACAAGAAACUGCCAUCAAAGCCAAAAGAGGAGGGGGCUCCUGAUCAAAUGUAUAUAGACAUGAUUCUCUGUCGACAUUGUCGAAAACUUCUAGAGACAAAUCGGCUGAGGGACAUGGGAUAUUUUAGUGCCAACACCGAGGAUUUUCAUCUGGUCUCAUUUUUAAAAAGAGAGCGAUUAAAAAGUGCAAAAGUUGAGGACUUUGUCAGAGCAGUAAAGGAUAUUCAUCAACAGUUUGAGUGGCCCUUACCGAUUCUGUCAUACCAUGUGUUCCAGCAGCUCAAAAAUAAGACUUUCUCCACCUCGAGCCUGGCUUCUCUGUCUCUGUUAGACGAGGAGAACCUGCCAACAGUCAACGUAGGGGCACACAACAGUGAUACCGAGUACCAUAAAUACCUGGGUACCCUGCAAUCCCCCUCCCCACUCAACCUCUCCCAGGCUGUGUCUGAUGAUGUGGUGUUAAAACCACAGGCUGUCAAAACUGAGGAGAGCAGCUUGGCCACUACCCUGGAUAUCUCGGAUUCCAGCUCCCUGCUGGGAGAGCUGGAUUACAUGACCGAGUCCUCAUCCCAGGACACCCUGUCCCCCGAGCUGGAGAUUCUGUCACAGGAGAUGGCCAAUAAAGGACCACGACAGUCAGAGAUGGAGCUCAGAUAUUUGUUACAAAUCACACUGGAAGCUGGCUGUCUAGAGUGGGCGAUGAUUAUCUCCCUUGUUUUACGUGACGUAGAAGCUGUGGUUAGGACAGUAAACACAGCCAGCAUGACAGACACACCCCUGGAGAUGGUGGCUAGGAUGAGGGAGGGUCUCUCCUAUCUAGAACUCUGGGCAGACACAGAGUGUCUGGGAUAUAAACCAUUCCUUCACUUUAUAAGGAAGCAGACACAAAUGUUAGGUAAGCUGGCAGAACAAACUCCCCCAACAUUACAGCUGAGUACUUCUGUCCUUGAGGACCAGAGCAGUGAUGGUGAGCAGUUGUCUCCAGUACAACAGACAAUACACAGCAAGGACCUAGACAGUUCCCCCGACGGCAGCCCCACACAGGGUGGGGAUCCAGCUAAAGGCAGUGAAUGUGUGAUCUCAUGAAACUGACACAGGGAAUAUAGAAAGGCCAGUAAAACGUGGGGGAGAGAACCAGAUAAAACAUUUCAUGUGAUUCACUAGUCACACUUAACUUUUCCAGUGUACACUUACUGCCAUUCUUGUUGGAUGGAAAAGACUGACAUUUCUUUUUAUUGUGAAGAUAAUCAAAAUCAGUAUGAACAAAAUUAGCUGGUUUGUGAUAAAAAGAACAGAGAUAUUGCGGUUGACAGAGGGUGAUUAAUUUCAUUGUUCAACUGAAGGAGCAUGCUGUCCAAUCACUGAAUGGAUCUGAUCAGCUGUCCAAUCACAUGUUAGAUCAGAUCAGCAGGAAGAAAUGCUAUCCAAUCACAUGUUAGAUCAGAUCAGCUGGAUGGACAUACUAUCCAAUCACAUGUUAGAUCAGAUCAGCUGGAUGGAAAUGCUAUCCAAUCACAUGUUAGAUCAGAUCAGCUGAAUGGACAUACUAUCUUAUCACAUGUGAACUGAUCAUUAGGAUAGACAUGGAUAAAUAUGGUUUAUAUAUAAGCAGCAGAGCUGUGUCAAAGACUGUCAUGUUAACUUUUGUCAUGACAGAUUUUAAGUGUAUCAUACUUUCAUAUAAUUUAUACUGUUAUACCAGUAAGUUUUUAUCACACAUCGACAAAAUCCAAUGUAAUGUUCAUCUCAGAAACUAUCUUAAAAGGUUUGAUAAUCACUAACACAUUUGUUGUAUUUAACAGGUUUCUUGAUGUUGAUAUGUAAUAAUUAUUUUUAUUUUAAUUAUUUUAUAUCAGGGAAAGUUUGAUAAAAGUAUUUAAGCACAGUUUCUCUGUAAAAAUAAGUGCUUUUUUUUUAAGUGCUUCUUUGUGUCAUUUGAAGAAAGUGUGCCAUACAGAUUUCAUAAAUCAGGCUUCUUUUUGUAUCAAAAAUAAGAGUAUGAAAAUGAAAGGUUGGGAACCAGUGGGCUUUCAGUGGAAGGAAACCAGUUUAUUUUGUUAUGCUUGCAGCAAUCAUUUUCAUGUCUUUGCCAAAUGUAGGAUUUCAGUAUUACGUAGCAGUGUCUCAUUGUUCUAUCAUAUCCGUCACAGAGAACAAAUGAAUUUAAAUGUAUGCAAUAAACAUGGUUGCCGAAUUUUGCUGUCUACAUCUUGAAAAUGUUGCCAUGAAGUCAUGAAAUUUAUCAGCUUCAAUUAAAAGAUUAAGGACAUAGGCAACAUAUUUUUGAACUUGAUUUACUUAUUCCCUGUAUAAUUUAAGAGUUUCUGUAAUUGAAGGACAUUUGUGUGACUUUUAUAAUGUCUAAUGAUGCUGUACAUCUCUUCUAAAUCAAAUUUUUAGGAAAUACCAGCUAAAACUAUACAUUAAUGUUUUUUGGAUAAAACAAAGAUAAUAUACAUGUAAUAUCUGUUCAAAACAGGCCUCUAAGUGACCUCUAAAAUUUAGGCUGGCACCUUAUUAAAAAAAAUUUAGUCGCCAAAUGCAAAUUUUUAGUCGCCAGGCAAUAUUUUUUAGGCGUCUACUUUAUAAGUUAAUAGUCAUCAAUAUAGGGACCCAUGAGGUGACGUGAAAUUUUGUUCACACAUUCGCUUACUAAAAAAACAAAAAGGUGACUAAGAAAACACAACAUGUCCAUUGCAAAAAAUAAUUUCCUCAUCUUUAAAAUUUCUUUUCGCUUCUUCAGAAAAACAAAAAUUGUUUAAAAUGUUAAAAGUUCUGGAAUUCAACAAUCGCCAAGUCAAUAUAAGAUGGUUGCCAAUUUGGCGACUUGUGGAAAAAAUUUAGGCGCCAAUCAAAACUUUUAAGCACCAUGGCAACUAAAUUAGUCGCCAGUUAGAGCCCUGCAAAACCCCCGGUAAUGCAUACUGAUUUUUUUUUUGUAUAUGAAUAUUUAAGGGAACUAUGAUUUUAAAUCAAGAAUAUCUUUAGAAAUUAUCAGUGGGAAAGGUAUGUUGGGUAGGUACGUGAACAUGUAUGUUGCAUAUGACCUUAAAAUUGUAUCAAUAUCCACGAUUGUCCUAGUGUUCAUUUGUAAAAAUGACAAGUUGAGAAACAUAAGUCAUUUUUAGCGGGCAUUUUUGCUUUCUAUGCUUAAGCAAUUAUUUUUAUUAAGCCCCCUUGAUCGGAGAUUUGGGGGUAUAUAGUUUCUGGCCUACAAUCUGUUUGUCUGUCUGCAAAAACUUCAACCUUGCCCAUAACUUUUGAACUGUUUUUGCUAUAGCCUUUGUAUUUUACAUGUGUAUUCCUUGUGACAAGACCUUUGUUUGAGUACAAAAUAUUUGACCUAUUGACUUUGCCUUGGAGUUUGACCUACUUUUGCAAAAACUUUACAUUACUUAAACCUUGGCCAUGACUUUUGCAUGGCUGCUGCUAGGGCUUCCAUAUUUCACAUGUAUACUCCUUAUGACAAUACCUUUCUUUAGGUACCAACAUUUUUGACCUCAUGCUGUUGAACUUUAAGUUUUGAAUGGUUUGUGCUAUGGCUUACAUAUUUCACACAUAUAUUCUUUGUGACAAGAUAUUUCUUUGGGUUCUAACAUUUUUGACCUCAUGAUCUUGACGUUAGAGUUUGACCUACUUUUGACAAACUUUAACCUUGAUCAUAACUCCUGAAAAGAAGAAGUUAAGGCUUUUAUAUUUUACAUGUGCACUCCUUGUGACAAGACCUUUCUUUGGAUACCAACAUUUUUUGACCUUUUGACCUUGGAGUUUAACCUAUAUUUGAAAAACAUUAAUCUUAGCCAUAUCUUCUGAAUCAUUGGUGCUAGUGUAUUUAUGUUUCACAGUGUAUUCUUUGUAACAAGACCUUUCUUUGGGUACCAACAUUUUGACCUCAUACCUUGACCUCAGAAUUAAACUUACAUUUGAAAAAGUUUAACCUUGGACAUAGCUGCCUAAGCCUGCCUAUGGGGGGCAUCAGUGUUUCACAAACAUAUCUUGUUCUACUUUGAAUUACACUCAAAUAGAAAAAGACUUUUAUACUAAUGCAGAUUUUGAUCUAAAGUUCAUUGUCAUUCCUUCUUAAUUUCAUUGUCAUUUCUCAGAAUAAAUGUGUCAGGGUCCCAUAUGCAUUAUUUCUAAAUUUAAAUUGACAAUUUUCUUCAAUAUUAAUGAGCCUGAAAAAAAAGUUAAUAUACUGAUCAAACUAAAAGUGGAUUUUAAGUGAAGCAUAAUAUCUGUGUGCCUCUUCAUCCUUACAAGCAAUGUAAGUCAGCCCUCCUAGUGAGUCAGAUCGAAUCCUAACUAUAUAAUCAGUCUAGCUUGUUGUAGGACCUUCCUAUUGAAUACAAGUACUGUAUUCAUACUUAGAAGAGACUUCUUAAAGUCUGUUAUGUCUAUAUUGAAGAAAACUUUUUUUUUCAAAAAUUUUAAACAAACUUUUUUCAUAAAAUGUUAUGCAGAAUAUGACUGUAAUUUUAAGAAAUAGUGAUAAGUUUGUUUUUAGAUGUUGACAGCUACAAAACAAGCUAACUGUCAUUAUUAUUUCAUUAUUCUGUAGGUUGUGUAACAAUGCAUUAUACCGCUGAGAUUAUGCUUGUUUAAUGAUCUGUAACUCCCCUGUCAAUGUGUUUGUAUGUGUCCCUAAUACUGAUACAGAACAAAGGCUUUGUCCAUCAUGUUCCAUAAUUAUUCAUCACAGUUCAGUUUUGUUUUCUUGUCUUUCCCAGUGAGGUGGUCAACAUAAUCAAGAAAAGUCAAAUGUCAAAAUAUGUAGAAUGUCACCUAUGUGAAGCUUACAAGAAGCACUGGUGGACAUUCUAGGAAUUAAAUCUAAAGUAUUGACACCCUCAUUUUGUAAAUCUUUACACAUUUAGUUUUGCUGCAGAAAGUUGUUAUUAUCUUAGCAUGUUUAUGCACAUUAUAAUUUCACUAUAUGUAGCAAUAUAGUUAUUUACUCUCACUAAAAAUGAUUCACACGAUUUCAGUGACAAAUCUGUUUUGUGUAUGUUGAUUUAUAGUUUUUUACAGGUUUGGGCAUUAUUUAGAGGUAUAAUGUAUUAUUUUUAUUUACUAUGCAGGGUAUUUUCACAAAUGAAUAAAUCAUUAACUUCUCACCAUUUCACCAAAGUGUAUGAAGAGAAGGAUCUAUCAAGUAUUUUUCUUUUCCAUGACAGCAAAGAAAUUUUAAGAAGGCCUGACUUUGCUCAAGAGCAUAUCAAAACUAUUUCUAAAUAAGCAAAUUACUGUACUAGAUAUAGGUACUAAUUUAUUCAAAGGUAGUUCCUUUAGCAAAUUACUCUACAAGUUAUAGGUACUGACUUCAUUCAAGGUAGUUCCUUUAAUGUUUUUUUUGUUGUUAAAAUAGGGUGUAAAGACAAUCCAUUUGAUUUAUGAAAUAUCAGAUUUAGAGUGAGAUUUAAGAAUAUAUAAUUAGUUGAUAUAUAAUCCACCACUAUAGCCUCCCAUUGGGUAAUGAAGAUGCUCUCAUAGAUCACUUAAUAGGUAUUUUUUAUUUCACAUAAACACAUUUUUGUAGGAUGUAUUGCCAAAAACAUUAGGUGCUGUUGUUUUACUUGCUUGUCAGUUGUUGAUUAGUACAUUAUACAGAGCAUUUUAAAUAUUUUACAGAGUGGAUGACAUUUGCUUUUCAUUAUUUUCAAACUUUGAUAAAUCUUGUUUGAAAAUACUUUGUAUUGAAUUAAUUUUAUUAUUAAAAUUAAAUUAUCAUGAUACUUUGAAAAUUGUACCAAUAUAAAAUAAUUCUGUGUAAGAUGGGGUUACUAGAAUCAACGUUAUGGCUCUGACAGAGACAAAGCUAGUCAUGCCAUUCAUUGUUUUCUUUUUUUUGCCUUGACAAUUGUGAUAAAACGUGCAUCGUACAUCAUUUUUAUUAUAAGCAUACUGGAAUCAGUCAUUUAAAGUUAUCAUUGUACAAAGUGACUAUCACUAAAUAAUAAAAUGUAUCAAUGU